AUGGCUGAAAGAGGACACGCUGUCUGCUGGGGGUAUCUGCUGUCGGGCGGCACGACGCCGGCGUGCGCGCCAGUGCCGGUCAAGACUGGCCCGUCGUUCAGAGAGAGGUUUUGCACCACAUGUCGAGCGAGAGGAGUGCAGAUCCACGCCUCCCGCUUGCGGGUGGUUUGCUCAGGCUGCGUGCCGACCAACAAGCACGGAGGCGGGUGCUGGAACGAGGGCCCCGACGCAGACGGCUGGCCGCCGCACAGGGUCGUCAACCAGACCUUCAACUGCAUUGGUCCGCCGAUUGUCAUCCUGAAGUUUGCAACGUCGGCUCCGCUCCAUCGCCUCGGCGAGUUUCCGCGCGGUUCGUGCGGCUGGUACACUUUUCGCAUCGGGCGCACCCUCGUGCCGCUGGCCUCCCUGACCUCCACCGAGCCCUCCCACGUCAUCGGCAUCCCCCUCCACGACGCGAUCCCUGGCGUGCUCUUCAGCCCCCAGGCCGGCGACGUGGCUCGCUUCGAGGCGCGCGCCCAGCAAUUGGCCGCCGCCGUCAGCCCUUCAGCCAUCCCCGCCCCCGUACCAGCGCUGAUGCACAAUCCAAGAGCGGUUUCCGCGGCGCUGGAGACGGCGGGCCGCGAGGUUGCGCCGCCGCCGCCCCCAGAGGGACAAGUGCUCCACGCCCCCUCCGACGCGUGCGCGGCCUCCGUGCUGCUCGACCUCUCCGGGGGUGCAGCAGCUGGCAGCGCGCCGCAAGAUGCAGCGGCCACGGGGGCGGAUCGGGAGCAGGCCAGGCCGCCGAAGCGGCGCGCCAUCGGGGUGCCUUGGCAAGGCAUAGUUGACCUGCCGCCGGCGGUGCCGUUGCCGCCGGCGGUCGGCAGCGUCCCGCCUGCAGGAGCUCCGACCGCUGUCCAAGUCCGUGGCGGCAUGCCGGCGGGGACGCCACCGCCAUCGCCUCCGGGGGCAAGCGUGCCGCCGCUGCUGCAGACGCGUCCGACUCCGGGGGCAAGCCUGUCGCCACCCUUCAAGCUGCCUUCCGCUCUCCAUCAUCGUCGAGCCGUGACGGGGUAG